AUGUCCGACACGUCAUCGAAUCACUCGGACGAAGAUGUGCCUCAAUUCUGGAGGCGUUAUGAAGUGACCGCGCCCGAGGUCGGGGCAGGGGUUUGUUUCUCGAACGAUGAAACCUUGACGGCUGACGAGUAUCGUCUUCAGCUGGCCGAGCAAUUUGAGGCACCACCUGAAGACGUCUCUGUGAAGCUCACCGUAGAGUACGAAGCAAAUUUUGAAAAAGGUCGAUGGGAUGAGAAGGUCAUUGAUAAUGGGAUACAACCCAGCGGUAAGAGUGUCAGUCUCUGCUCAUACUAUAAUGAGGUUGUUGCAAAUGCCGGGGAACAUCAACCACCCGGAUCCGCCAGCAGCCUCUGCGCCUAUCACUCUGAUUACGAGACCAGAAACUUCAAGUGCCCCAAUGAUGAUGUCCCAAGCGAACUGUGA